CGUCAUCUAAUCUUCUGAUCUCAUACCCUAAAUCAGGCACGCGACCUCCAACUUUCAUCCUUUCUUAACGCCUUAUAAGGUACAUACCAAUACAAAGUUAUUUACCAUUUCCUAAUCUGUUAUGUUGUGGAGUAUUUUUAAAUCUAUACGGGGACGGUGACUUGCAGCUAUUGCAACUAUGACGCCGCGGAACGACUCUUUCCAGCAAGGAGGGAUCUUAGGAUCAGUAGCUAAGUUUUGGACUCAUUCAUAUGCUCCCGACUAUGUAGGAUUCGCUGGCCUGUUGACAGCCUACCUCUUGAUUCAAUUUUUCGUCGAACCUUUCCAUCGCAUGUUCUAUAUCAAUAACCUAAAUAUUUCAUUCCCUCACGCCGAAGUCGAGCGGGUUCCAGUCUGGUUAAACUUUGUUUACGCUCUGUUCGUCCCUCUCGGAUUUCUGCUGCUAUACAAUAGUUUAACCCGAGCCUCGUUCCACAAACAUCACAGCACUAUUCUCGGCCUUGCCAUCGCCCUCAUCCUCAGCUCGUUCCUUACCGACAUUGUAAAGAACACCGUUGGCCGCCCCAGGCCGGACCUAAUCGCCAGAUGCAAGCCUAUCGCUAGCACUAAACUUAACGUCUUGGUGACUAUCGAUGUAUGUACCGAGACAGAUCACCAUACCCUCCACGAUGGCUGGCGUUCUUUCCCCUCAGGACACUCCAGCUUCUCCUUUAGCGGUCUCGGGUACCUGGCUUGCUUUCUAGCCGGCCAAUUGAGGAUAUUCCGCGAUAGGAAGGAUCUUGGUCGUUCGUUGGUUUGCCUUGCGCCCCUGGUUGGUGCGGCUAUGAUUGCCAUCAGUCGCUGCCAGGACUAUCGCCACGACGUAUACGACGUCUGUGUAGGAUCAGUACUGGGGUUUACAGUCGGAUUUUUCAGUUACCGAAGGUACUGGCCGCGUCUGAGCAGCCGUGAGUGCGACGAGCCGUACCCGGCGCCUGGUACCGAGAUCGAAGAUAGGGAAGGCUGGAGGAGAAUCCGAGAUGAAGAAGAAGGCGGGUUAAUCAUAGGAAGAAAUGCCGGGUAUGAGAUGGCUAACUUGAUAGAAAAUCCUAGCUAACAUAUGUUUAUUAGAUAAUCGAAUCGCGGAGACACCGAAUUAAAUUUUACGGAGUGCAUAUAUUGUGAUAUGUCCAAACUAUUGUUCGAUAUAUUUUCUACUAUUCGUAGAGUGGCAUCUACGCAGGGUU